UGAGAGAGUUAAGAGCCGCUGUGUGCAUGGCAUCGUCCCACUCCACUGAUCAGACAAGCGCCCUUAUUCCUCCGCUGCUCCGGUCAUCGCAGUUUAUUAAACUAUCCACCUGAGCAUGGACGCGUUAAAAUCAGCCGGGAGAGCUAUAAUAAAAAGUCCUGGAGUUCCGAGGCACACAUGGGGAACCGCCAAGCACGAAAAGCUUCCAGAGAACUGGACGGACACUAAGGAGACUCUGCUGGAGGGAAUGGUGUUCAAUGUGAAGUACCUGGGCAUGACGUUGGUUGGUCAGCCUAAAGGAGAGGAAAUGGCCGCCGCUGCCAUCCACAGGAUUGUCUCAACGGCUCGUGCCAGUACAAAAAAAUUUCGGAAGGUGACCCUCAACGUUUCCCCUAAAGGGAUCAUCAUUACAGACACUGAGACCAGCGAUCUUAUCGAGAACGUGUCUAUUUACAGAAUCUCCUACUGCACAGCUGAUAAAACUCAGGACAAAGUCUUUGCCUACAUCUCACAGAGUGAGUUCAGUGAAACUCUGGAGUGCCAUGCCUUCCUCUGCCAAAAGAAGAAAAUUGCCCAGGCAGUCACACUUACAGUAGCACAGGCUUUUAAAGUUGCUUUAGACUUCUGGGAAAUUGCCCAAGAAGACAAAAGUAAGAAGGCUCGUACUUGCUGCUCCUGUUCAGGCAGUGAUGUUCAUGUGGAAACAAAAUCUCACUCUGCUUCAGAAACUGAAAAAUCCCAGGCUCUGAUGGAGCACAAACUACAGAAGCCCUUCCUCUCUUCUUCAAUCUAUUCGCUAUCCCCACGCAGCCAGCCUGCCAGGAGACGGCCAGUCAAACACGAUUCCUGGGAUAUGGAAGAGGAGAGCCUCAACACAUUCUCAAGCAGUGUGGGAGUGGAGGAGACAGACACAGACUGGCAGAUUCCUGCUUCAGAACAGUGUUUGAGGAUGCAGCUGUGAGCUCACUGGAGGAGAACUUCAUGGCUCUCAGCAGUGAAGAGACAGAUUAAACACACACACACACACAAACACUGACAAAAAGAACACUAUCAUUAUCUACAAAUGUAGGUUCAUCAUGCACCAUAAGCACAUAAUACCAAAUGGCAGCAACAAGAGUGCCCCGCAUGUUUAAUUAGCUAUUUUCUAGUGAAACUGAUCUAUUAAUCUGUGUUUUUGCCGCAUUAGAGAGGUAAGACUGCAGAGCUCGCAGCUCAGAGACACUGUUUAACUCUUUACUUUUGCGAAAUGUGGUUUGUUAGAAUUGCAGUCGUUCAUAUAAAGCCGUUUGCUCUGUGUUAAGAGUUUACAGAUUUUCUGGUGUUUUGUUCGCCAGCAGACUUUGUAUGUGACCAACUUCAAGAAAAUGUACAUAUAUAGAACAUUUUUAACAUUUAUUAUCCAAUUUUUAACACAAAGAAAUGCAUUAUGCUCACAAGCUAAAGGUGUGGUGACAUUUUUAAAUUCCAAAAAUAACUUUUCACUCGAUGGAUCUGAGAAAUAGAUAAUUCCAGCUAUUAAAAAUCUUCUGUAUGAUGUAUAUAUUUAUGAUAUUGUGCAACCAACAAAAAUGGUCAAAGAAUGAUCAGCUACAUGCUCUUUAAAGAAUAAUAAAGUGGUUAUUUUUCAGUAAAUAAAUAAUCAUCCUACUACUACUACUGAAAUGCUCAUUUAAUAUGAUUGAGUGAUCACAUAUAAAGACGCAGCUCGAUUCUGGUAUUUUUAAAGACCUAAAGAUUUUUACAAGCCUGGGUCAAAAACAUCAUUACCUCAAUACACAGGCAUCUUUGUGAUACACAGAUUGUAUCACAACAUUUAGUUUAGUUAAAGCACCAUUAAGACCAGUGAAGCCAUAUUAUGAGUUGAGAGAUUUUUCUUUCAUUGAUGAUUUUACGCAAAUGUAAGUGAUUAGCUAGACUCAGUUACUUGUAAUAAUGAGUCACAAUCAAGUAAUAAAAGCACUGCCAGUACCGAUGAUGUGCACAUGCAAUACUCAGACAUCCUCAUGUUAUAUCACGAUCAUAUCCCCCAGCCAUACACUAGCCUUAGAGAUGAUUAUUAACACUGUGUUUAAACUGGGUUCUGCCCAUUUCCCCAUCCCUGAGGCAGAUUUUUUCUUAUAAGGAUAACAGGGUAACUGAUGCUAGGCCUUAUCUGCUGACAAAGUCUCAGCUGUGCAGGGCCACAGAUGUUCUGAUGGAAAACCUUCAGAAAUUAUUAUUAUUGUUAUCCAUGUGUUCAUAGCUGUUCUAUGGAUAUUACAGAAUUAUAUACGAUUAUAGCAGCAAUAUAAUUAAUUGUAGUAACUACAGUGUCUGUGAUUGUUUAUCCCAUUUUUUAUCAUUUAUUUACCCUACGCAGAUUUCUAUAGUUAUGUGAAAUUGAUUUAAUGGCUUGCUUUUUAUUUUUAUUUAAAAGAAAUAUGCAUUGUGUUAUUCAUUAUUUAAGAUAAGAGUAUGUGGCCAUUUAACAGUUUCACAUGUGCAAAAAAUGGAGAUUAGUCUUGGGCUCUCUGAAAUGUGUACAAUAAGUCAUGUUUUUCUGCACAUCCUGAACAUUCUGUCCAGAAAGCAAUUGAUGUGAAAUCCAUCUGCUGAUCGCAGAGUGAAAGCACCUCAUUCAUCCCUGCUUUCCUGUCUUUUUCUUCCAAGGUCAGAAUAUAAUAGAAGCACAAUAAAUGGUGAAUUUCUUCCGUUGUCUCAUGAAGUACAAAAGGUCAAACUGAUGGUUUUUACUUCUCAAUCAGUUUUUUCCCCCUCCUGUUAUGUUAGACUUAUCUUUUGUUACCUGAUCUCUGUUUGUAUGAAAUACCAAAUUUAGGUGUCUCACCUCUUGUACAGUUUCGUAUAGGUUUGUUAUGGUUCAUUUGGUCGUUGGAAUCCUUUUUAAUGUAUUUAUUAAUUUGUCUAUCUUAUCAUAUUUAGAAUUAGGUUUGUAUGACAAGUUAUUUUGUAUAAAUAUAGAGUUUUGUGCUCCACCAGCCUGCAUGCACCAUGUCAGUGCAGAGUCCCUGCAUGUAGAUAACACAGUACAUCACAGGACAUUUCUAUUCAUCUAAUUUAUAUGUAUAUGAUGCAUUCAGUCUAAUAUAAGAACCUGGGAUGAUUCAUACAUGCUGGAGAUCAAAAGAAUUAUUUCCGGUGUAAUUUGUUUUAACAUUUUGUGGACUGUGGUUAAUUUAUUUGAUGGUGCUAUUUAUUUAAAAAAAAAAUAAAAAUAAAUAAAUAAGUAAACUAUGCAAAGUUUAACUUUACACAAACACAGAAUGGUGUAUCCUAUUGUAUAUGGUAUUUAAUCAAUAAAGCACUGAAACUAAUAAAAAAAACACACAAUAUCCCCAGAAUCUUUUUAAUAAAUGAAAUCAACAUGAUAUUUGAAAAUGUGGGACAUAAUAAAAACUUUGAGGUCAGAAUUUUCCUUCACAAAACAGAUGUAGAGUCAUCCUUCUUGUUUCUGUUGUGAGCUCUCGAAUAUGUUUCCCCCAGAUGGCUGCAGUGAUAAUUGGUGGAGAGAUUUAUGACUGUGUCAGACUGUAUGAUCUUUACUGACUCUUGCUGGUCACCUGCAGUGCACUUCUGCUGUAGAAACAAUUUAGCACUCUGAGAAAAGUUUCCCGCAACGCCAUGCAGCUGGUACAUUCAACACACUUCAUUUCAUUACGGUGCAGACAGUAGAACAUGCUGCCACCGCUCUUGUCACUGUUACUUAGGAGGAAAAUAAAGUUUUCGUUUAAUUCAUUUUAUUAUUAUUAUGUGAGUGAAUCUGGUGUUCUAUGUUGCUUGUAUUUAUACAUUGA